UGUCAUCUCUGUGGUUUUAGUUCUCCACUUAGAGUAAACGACAUAUAAUUUCAGUUACAGAUUUGCUUAAAAAAUACCAGCAUUGUCUAAAUCUACUUGCUUUACAUUAUUGGUCGUUUGCACCCUAAGAGCAAAUAUAUGCACAAAGAAAUUUUAGUGUUAAAGGACUAAAUAUCUGAAACACCAAUUUUCUUUUGACUACAUCUUGGCAAGGUGACCAAAUAGGAAGAUGAAGACAAAGAGACAUAGUAAGCUACACUUUGCCCUCCCUGUCACAAUAAUCUUUUCUUUGUGUCUGCAAGCAAGUGCAAACCAUACUGAUUAUCCUAGGGUUGUAAAUGAAACCUGGAAUCCUAUCAGCCAAAACCUAAGCGGAAGCCAGAAUAUAGUGGAAGCCAAUACAAAUUCUCCUCUGAGCACCAAUUUCAGCAGCAAAAUGACUACUUCCAAAAUGCAGACAAGUACCCUGCAAUCCUUAUCCUCCACAAUGGCCCGAAAUCCAACAUCUUCCCCUGCCAGAAGUGCUGUUUCUGCCACUGCAGGACCUAGGAAUACCAGCAAACCCAAGAGUACAAUGACAAAAGAAACAUGUGAAUACAAUAAGUCUCUUAUACUGAUUUGCUUCAUUAUAAUAGCAGUACUCGUGCUUAUCUGCACCUUCUUAUUUCUGUCGACAGUCGUAAUAGCAAACAAAAUGUCAUAUCUCAAAAAAACUCAGCAAGGAAAACGUAGGCCCAGGAGCAAUGGUGAUAUUCUGGCGACUAACAGUUUAUGGCCAACUGCAGCAGGAACGUGGCAGAGGAUGCCUAAGGAGACAACUGGAACUGACUCGACAAUGGAAGACUUAAUAUCAGGGAGAGAUGCUGCAAUCCAAAGGAAAACCAAAGAUGAAACUACCGAGAAACUCACUAAGGAAAUAGAUAAUGAACAGGAAAACAAAGAACCAUCAAAGUCACACAAACCCAUUUUAACAAAUUUUGUAGUUGAGAUUUAAUUCAUACUCAGGUAAAAACUCAUCUGUUGCCUUUAUGUCAUUAAUAUAAGGCAAAAACUUAGCUUUCAAGUAAGAAGAAGAAUUCUAACACAGGAAAACUAAAUUCAAAUCUUAACAUUUUUCCUUUUAUGAUAGUGGGAAUGCUAUAGCAACUUGUAGAUCUAGAAGGGAGCAAGAUUGUAUUAAACAGCUUUCUAUAGUGUCAAGACCGGUUUUACUCCUUUGACCAGAAAUCAUGGUGACAGGGGCUGAAUGGGAUAAAACAAAAGGACAGAAGUCUGCCCACUCUCAAAGAUCAUUAGGGGGAAAAAAAGGAAAGGACUGUUAGUCUAAUAUACCAUGCCAUAAGGUGCUACACAGGUAUAACCAAGUUGCUUUUUUAAGAAAACCGUAAUUCAGUCACAACUUUGUUGCAAUUACUGAAUCAGGAACUAGUCCCUCUCAAAAUGCCCUUUCAGGUUUUUCCAACACAAACUUCUUAAAGCAGCUUAAUUGCUUUCGAACCAGAUAGAGAUUUGAAUCAUAUUUAUUAUGUUUCAACUUUGUGUAUGAAUAUAUGAAAGUUUGUAUUAUAUGUUAGAAUAUGAAAACAGUUUCAAUUUGUUACCUCCAAUAAACUAGCAACUUCAGUUUUCAAAUAAUGUGACUUCUGUGAUACUAUUUCUCUAACUCAAAAUAUUACA